UAUCUCAUAAUCUGUGGAUUCCUUCCCUUUCUUUUGUUUUGUCAUUGAUGGUUCGAUUAAUUUUCGAUUACAAAUAAAUAAUCUACGAAAACUAUAUAGAUAAUAUGCAAUUGACUAAAGGAUCAGAGUACAUGAUGCUUGAAUAAACAAAACCCGGUUUAGUCCAGUUUGAAUUAUAAUUAGAGAGAUCCACCUUUUGCCUUUCCAGUUUUGCAAUUGCAUUAUUCAGUUUAGCAAAUUUAUCCUGAAAGUUGGAACUGAAAGAAUGUUUUAAAGCAUACAAUAAACUUUUAAGUAGAAGGCAUACACUAUAGAGAUAAAAAAAAAAGAACAUAAUUGCAUUAUCUGAAGAAACUAUUCAGUUUCAAAAAAGUUUUUCUUUUAUAAAUUACCUGGAUUCAAACUUGAAAUUAUAGUUUCACAGUCUGAUUGUAAAGGUACUUGCUGAAUAAUAAUCUUCAAAAAUAAAAGUUGGAGUAAGAAAACUAGAACUCACAAGCUCGUCUAGUAACAUAAAAUAACAUCAUGAACUGAUUAUCUAUCAUUCACAAAAAAAAUUAUCUAAUCAAAACAUGAAAUUACGAGAAUCAUAUUUAUUUUGUUUUUUAGGAAAAUUGUUUGCUAACUAUAAAAAUAAUACUCGAUCAUAUACCUACACAUAUAAACAAAAAUAAUUGUGUUGUUAAAAAAAUAUGUGUUAAUUUUUUUAAAUACUAUAUGAAUGACAUAACAACAUCAAUGAAUUACAAUAUACAUAUGUUAUGUUACUAAUAUCAUUUCACUAGCUAAAAAUGGGUCAUAUCUAAAAGACAACAAUUUCUAAUGAGAAAUUCCUCACUCUAACACUGAAAAAUUAGCCAUAACACACGUCUAAAAGAUGAAAUAAACAAAAAAAAUACAUAGAGAAAAUAUUCAAAUACAAUACUAUACAACAACAAAAUAUAAGAACAUGUCAAUAAAUAUAAUACAUGCUUGUUUCUGUUUUACAUAUGAAUUUUAGAAAUUUUUGCAUUUAGUUCUUAAGGACCAUAUAAAAACUUUGUUUGUAGUCUAGGGGUUAACUGGUGAUACAUUGUAUUCAUAAAAAAAUUUAAUAAUUAAAAAAUAAUAAUAUAAAGUAUAAGAAGAUAAAUAGAGAGUUGAUCAAAAAAAAAAAAGAUAACUAGAGAAAUGUCUCGAAAACAUUAUUUAAAUUUAUCUUAGUAGAGUAUUUGGGAUUUAAAACCUAUUUAGAAUUUUUUUUUGCAAUUUGUUUCUGAUAAUUUAUUCUAUUUGAAGAUCUCAUACCAUUUUAAAAUGUAUGUAAAAGAAUACAAGGCUUUAAAAUUAAUUUUCGCAACAUGUAUCUUUAUUAUUUCUUAUUAGCUAUAUACACAAUGUUUGUAAGUUUCAAUUACAGUCAGUUCACCAAAAUAUUCUAUCUUUCAAAUAAAAAUUCAUGAAAUGCACUGAAAUAUUUCCAGUAGAAUUUUUUUAGAUAAAUAUUAUAUUUCUUAUCAGGAACAUGUAACAAAAUUCAUUAGUCAUAUAUGAUAAAUUUAUUCAUGUUAAUAAGUUAUAAUUAAAAUGAUAAAAUACUAUAAAAUUUCCUAAGUGUAUAUUAUUUGAGUGCAUAAUAGGAUAUUAUUGCAAUAAUAGAAAUACAAUCACUUUUAACAUAAUAUUUUUUUCUCGUCGUUAAGUAAAGAAAAUUAAAAAUUAAUUUAUUAUUUUUGUAAAUUUCAUCUGAACACGCUUAUAAAUCGACUGCUACUCUUGACUAAACCGCAACACAAGUUUUAGCCAUGAGUAACUUUUACGGUGUAUCCGAUGAUAUCUUAACUAAUAUUAUGUCAAGACUUCCGGCUAAACCAUUUGCCGCUGCUGCUUGUGUUAACCAUUCAUGGAAUCGAAUUUCCGAUCAUAUUCUUUCUCGACCCCGACUUACUUCUGGUCUUUCUCUUGCCGAAUCUCCCGAGAUCGCCGUGGAUGAAGCCCUUGAAAUGGCCUUAUCCAAACCAAUCCGGCCACAUUUCGCAAUUGCUUUUGUCGGUUUACAUUUUCCCAUAGAAGAGAUCCAUAACCGGAUUGCAAGUAAAAUUGGUGCAAAUACGAUCCUAAUUACGACUGCUUCCCUUGGAACCAUCGAUGCAGAUUCGAUUACUAAUGAACUCGAAGAGAUGAAAUGGGAAGAUGAUGAAGAUGCAGUGAUUACGGACGAUGACAUGUACCUAGGAGUCACACUGAUAAUUGGGUUCGUACCCGGUUUGAAAAUCAAUGUUGUCCCUCUCCUACAUACCAACACAGAGCCACAAAUGCCGAUGGUCGACGAAUUCAUUUCGGACGUAAGAGAUUUCACGGUUCUGGUCGCCGGUAAUACAAACCCUGACCCGGUUGGUAUAAUGCUGUUUGGGGAUCAUUGUAGGAAUCUGAAACCUAUCCUCGCCGAAAUUGAUGCAAAGAUAUCAAGAGAAACCGUUAUGAUCGGUGAUGCGCACAACUAUUUCGUUUGUACCAACGCUGAAGUUGACAAUAUUGAUACCACUCUUUACACCGUAGACGCGGUCGCACUUGUUUUCGCCAGAGAUAACCUAAACAACAAUGAAGUGGAAAUCAAAUUUCACGUGGGGAUUUCAAGUGGGAUAAUCCCAAUUGGUCCAAAAAUAGAGAUACUCGACGUGUUGGUGCACGAGGGAAAAACAACAUGGUUAUUCGCUAGAACACAAGGCGAAGUAUGGCCACUUGAUGCUUAUAAUCUCAUUCUGUCUCUUCAUACACUGAUUAUAGAUAAGCCGUAUUUUCUAUAUAUCGGUGUUUCAAAAGAAACCGAACCGCUAGACGGAGGUCCGUCCAUAAAAUAUAGAGAGUUCUAUGAGGUCAUUGGGACACAACAGAUAAUGUUUAGUGUCGCGGGCACGGGUAUAAAUCCAGGCGAUAUUUGUAUGUUUUAUCACUCAGAUAUGGACUCUGCAAUGGGUUCCAGCAACGAUGUUUACAACCGUUUUCAUCAUCUCGUCGAACCCCCGCCUCGUCAUCAUCAAGCUUACGGCCAGUUGGGUUCGAGUAGCCGAACAAACAGAGAGAAAGUGUUUGGAGGGUUCAUGUUUGCUAGCUCGAACCGUGGAGACAAGUAUUUUGGGAAUUCAGUAACGGAUUGCAUGCCGUUUUACGAGAAUUUUCCUGGGGUACCAUUCACAGGAACUUUUUGCUUUGAACCUAUCGGACGUUCUCCCGUUUUGGAAGAGGAAGAGGAAUGGCAGAGUGAUGAGAAUCGGUUCAACAUGCAGGCCUUUAAUACAAUCCAUCUGGUCAUGUCUUAUAAGAAGACAGCAUGAAUCUUAACUAGUCUUAUCUUAUUAAGACAUCAUGAAUGCUAUAAACUUAUAUAUGGUGUGUAAGAAUAAUUUACUUCAGCUAAAACUAUUUUAGCUGAAGUAGAACUUUAUUAUAUAUAUAGUUUGCUUUUAUCCAGCCAAAAUCAGUUUAAAA